CCUUCGCCUCCCUUGCUCUCCCUUUGCCUCCCGUAGGCGUCUCGUACCUGUUUCAUCCUUUUGAUAUGGCGCGGGCCGUUGUACAGCGAAGGAUGAAGAGAAAGAAGGGGGGCAAUCUCGUGGUAAAUACAGCAAUCGCUUGAUGUGCCGUCCGCAUUAAUAUAAUUAGUCACCCCGAGCGCUCGAACCGCUGUUCGAGAAGCCGAGUCGUCUCCGCUCUACUCCAUUCUACUUCGCUCUACUUGCCCUACCUUGAUUCUGUUCGAAGUAUCACAAGGCCGGGGGCAGUGCGUGCAUAGAAUGGCGCCAAAGAAAAUCGAAGAACCCGAACGGAAACCACUGAUUGGCCGCGUGGGCACCAACUUGAAAGUUGGUAUAGUAGGCAUACCUAACGUAGGAAAAUCAACCUUCUUCAAUGUCCUCACGAAAAGUCAGGCGGCUGCUGAGAAUUUCCCCUUCUGCACCAUCGAUCCCAAUGAAAGUCGCGUACCCGUUCCUGACGCAAGAUUCGAUUACUUGUGCGAAUAUUUCAAGCCAGCUAGCAAAGUUCCAGCUUUCUUAAAUGUCGUGGAUAUCGCUGGCUUAGUCAAAGGCGCCGCGGAGGGACAAGGCCUGGGAAACAAUUUCCUUUCGCAUAUCAAUGCUUGCGAUGGAAUUUUUCAUCUCUGUCGAGCCUUCGACGACGACGACGUUACCCACGUGGAGGGAGAUGUGAAUCCCGUAAGGGAUCUUGAAAUUAUUAGCGAGGAGUUACGAUUAAAAGAUAUCGAAUUCUUGAAUGGGCAUCUCGAAAAGUUAGAAAAACUCGUUGUUCGGGGAAACGACAAGAAACUCAAGCCUGAAUACGAUACAUUACUGAAAGUGAAAGGUGUAAUGGUGGAUGAAAAAAGGCAUAUCAGGUUUGCCGAUUGGAGUGCUACUGACAUCGAAGUUCUCAAUAAAUAUUUAUUCCUUACAUCAAAGCCAGUUAUUUAUUUAAUUAAUCUCUCCGAAAAGGAUUACAUACGUAAGAAGAAUAAAUGGUUGAUAAAGAUCAAGGAAUGGGUUGACAAGAACGAUCCCGGAGCUAUUUUGAUUCCCUUCAGCGGGGCCUUUGAAAAUAAACUUCUGGAUAUGGACGAAGUAGAACGUGCGAAAUAUUUUGAAGAAAACAAGGUUACUAGCGCGUUGGACAAGAUCAUCGUCCAAGGAUACAAAGCAUUGCAACUGCAAUACUUCUUUACAGCAGGACACGACGAAGUUAAGGCAUGGACUAUCCAGAAAGGCACAAAGGCACCUCAAGCUGCAGGAAAAAUUCAUACCGAUUUCGAGAAAGGAUUCAUUAUGGCCGAAGUUAUGAAGUUUGACGAUUUUAAAAACGAAGGAUCGGAAGCAGCAGUGAAGGCUGCUGGGAAGUACAGACAGCAAGGGCGCAACUACGUUGUCGAAGACGGGGAUAUAAUUUUCUUUAAAUUUAACGCUGGUGCCGGAUUAAAAGAUGCGAAGAAAAAGUGAUGGCACGUUUUGCUCAUGUUGUUGCUAGUUCAUUUGUACAUCAACAUGAUUGCUAUGUUUUGUUGCACGUGCGAAAUGCGCAUGAUACGAUCGAAAUCGCUUUCUGAUACCCCUUGAAUUUAUUUUCCGUUCUAUAUAAAAUCACAUGUACCAUCGUUGAUAACGAUAGCAACAUUUUUAUAUUAGCAUUUGAAACUUGAAUCGAAUAAGUAUUUUUACAUGUUCUAUUAUACUAUAAAAGUAACACGCCUUUUGCUUGUACGAUCAAAACGACUUUGUCAGUUCUAUCGUAUCAAUGUUGGUCAAGUUUGUGGAGCAUUCGUCACUUUUCUUUCACAUUAUACAACGGUCACGUAACUGGAAACUUGCAUUUUAAAGAUCAGUUGGUGUAAAUAAACAAUAAGAGCUUCGUAAUAUAAUAUCCUGCUUUUA